AUGCGAUAUUGUGUUACAGUUGGUCGAGGUAUGGAACCGUUCGUAAAAAAACAACUGGAACAAAUUCAGGAUGUAAAAAUUGAUGCAACUACUGUGGAAGGAAAAAUCCUGUUUAAUGCGAGUAAUCCCAAUAACCUGUAUAAUUUACGGUGUGCUGAAAGAUUGUUCUUAGUUUCAGCUUAUGAAAUAAUCGAUCGCAGUUGGAGCAAACGACAACUGUUCGAUAAGCUGUUCACCUUAUGUGAUGGGAAUUCCUUAUUGAAUUCUACUUGUGAAGCAGCUUUUAAUUGUUUACUUCGUUACGAAGAGUCGAUACACAGCAGAACUUUCCGUGUAUCGCUCAAAGCAACUGGAAAAUGGCGGCGAAAAAUUGAUACUGAGAAACUCUCUGCAAGUAUCGCUCGUCGUAUCAAGCAGAUGUCUGGUUUUAAAAUAUCGCUUCAUUUUACUGCUAUUGAAAUUUGUGUACAUUUAUCAGAAAAAUACAUCUUUAUUGGUAUACCAAUUACUCGAAAACGUUUAUCUCAGAGAUGUUAUUUGCGGAACAAUUCAUUGCGUUCAACUGUUGUGGAUGCAAUGUUAUCAAUGGCCGAUAUUCAAGAUGGUGACAUUGUUGCUGAUCUGACCUGUGGUUCUUCUUCCAUUUUGCUGCAGGCUGCACAUGAUUUCCAGAACAGGGGAAGCUAUAUUCUUUGUUUCUGGAAAAAAAAAAUAUUAAAUUAA